AUGGAACUUGCAAGCGAGAACAAGCCGGCGGGUCACGUGCGUCGCGUCGUACGGGUCACGCGACCGCCGUCCUUUUCCGCGUUCCUGUUGAACUCAAGUUCCACUCAUCACCUUCUUCUUGCUCACCGACGAAAACACAGAUCUCCGCAAACCAUGGCUUUGUAUCCCGGCGCCGUCGCCGGUGAAAUGCUCGGAUCCAACUUCCCCGCCGGGCUGCCCGCCGGGCUGCCCGUCGCAGCCAUGGCUGCCGGAGCCCCCGCGGCGCCAGCAGGCGCGCCUGCCGGCGCGCCUGGUGGCGCCGCCAACGCGGGCUCCUCGCACGCGCUCGACGACCCCAACGUAUACCACUGGAUAUGCCAGCUCACGUACGGACCCAACAAGGAGCAGGCGCUGCUGGAACUCGGCCGCAAACGCGAACAGUACGAAGACCUUGCCAUCGUGCUGUGGUCGUCGUUCGGCGUCGUCACGGCUCUUCUCAACGAGAUCAUCUCCGUGUACCCGCUGCUGUCGCCGCCCACGCUUUCGAACCAGCUCAGCAACCGCGUCUGCAACGCACUCGUGCUGCUGCAAUGCGUCGCGUCUCACCCGGAAACCAAAGCGCUUUUCCUACAAGCACACGUCCCGCUGCUUCUGUUCCCGUUUCUCAACACCACCUCACGCCAGCGCACUUUCGAGUACCUGCGUCUCACGUCGCUGGGCGUCAUCGGCGCCCUGGUGAAAAACGAUUCCGUCGAAGUCAUCGCUUUUCUGCUCAGAACCGAUAUCAUACCGCUGUGUCUCCGCAUCAUGGAGUCCUCUUCCGAGCUCUCCAAAACCGUUGCCAUCUUCAUCCUCCAGAAAAUCUUGCUCGACGACGCGGGGCUCCAGUACAUCUGUGCCACGCCAGAGCGCUUCCACGCCGUUUCCCAAGUUCUCACCAACAUGGUCGACCAAUUGACCCUCCAGCAAACCCCGGGCAGACUUCUUAAGCACGUUGUGCGUUGCUACUUGCGUCUGAGCGACAACCUCGAAGCCCGCAGAUUUCUCAAACAAGUGCUUCCGCGUCAUCUCAGAGAUAACACUUUCGGCGACGUCCUCCACGACGACCUUGGCACCAAACGCUGCCUCGCCCAGCUCCUACUAACGCUCAACGAGGAUUGA